AAAAAAAUUAAAAACUGCUUUGUCAAUCGACAAGUUGUAUGACGGAAUAAUUAAGCUAUUGAGCAAUAUCACAGUAACGAUUACGAAAAACGUAAUCAUUAAGAAGUUUGAAUAUAACGAUAACGAUUACUCAUGAAUGACGCGACUGUUCAUGCUUGACCUUUCCGAAAGUUUUACGAAUGAAAAUCCUCUCUCCAAACUCGAGAUUUUCAUUUUUAUCUGAUACUUCAUCGGUCGUGACUCUCCUUGAUGUGUAUCGUGUAUCAUAUUUCUGGACUUUCUGAAGCCGAAUGCCAGAAUUUGUUUAUCCAAGAGACCCUGAAGAUAGGCUCAAAUGAAUAUUGAGUGUGUAAGAUGAAAAAAAAUGUCGACCGCAUUUGCAAAUUUUUAAUAUAUGUAACAGAGACUUCUCUCUCUCUCCUUCUUCCCCUCGUGUUCUUUCAUUAUCCCCACACGAGCUCAUGAUCUCGUUAGUGUGCGGGCCGCCAAAAGCGUCGCAGUGAACAUGAGCGCGAACUCGGAGACCGGUGAUCAUCUCGACGAGAUCUACGACUGGAUCGAUCAAAUCAAGUUUUCCAGGCCCAAAAGAAACAUAGCCAGAGACUUUUCUGACGGAGUGUUGAUGGCGGAGCUGUUGAAACGCUACUAUCCUAAACACGUGGACGUGCACAAUUACGUCGCCGGCAACAGCGUCGCGAAGAAGAUCGACAACUGGAGCACGUUGAAUCGCAAGGUAUUGUCGAAGAUCGAUAUGAGGCUGGGUAAGGAGGCUAUUGGUCAGCUGGCGAGUUCCCAGCCGGGCGUCAUCGAGAAAGUCCUCGCCGAUCUACGAGUCAAGAUCCUGAAGGACUCGAACGCCGACAGAGAGUCCCUGUACUUCGGCCACGAGGACAGCAAAGAGGCGGUAAAGUCCGUGCUAAAUCCUGACGAGGUAGCGAACAAGACUGUCCCCCGGCACAUUUUCACUCGCCUGAAGCAGGAGCUGCAGGAGAAAAACGACACGAUCUCCACGUUGCAGCAGAAGAUCUCGCACCUGGAAAGCAUAAUGAAGCUGAAGGACCAACGCAUCGACGACCUCACGACGCAGAUCACAAGGCUGCCCGUCGAACGGAACGUCGCUACCCCGCGUCCUCACGUUAUCGGCAGCGGAAUCUCGAAACCGCGCGUCACCACCAAACUGUCGCAAUAAACCUGGUCGAGAAACCGGCGUC